CCGCUACAAACAUAACCUCAGCCGUGCAUUGUUGAAUUCUCCCUGCACUUUGUCUCUUUGUCAGCAGCUCUUCUCUUCAUUUUGUCCGGGGCAUGAGAUAGUCUGGCUCUACUUUGCGCACGGGUUAAUCGCCGAGAUUCGAACCCAUCAGUCUCUGUUCUGCAAGUAAAAAACAAACACAAGAAGUAAGAAGUAGCAGAAGAACAAGAAAACCCAGUGACGAUAGCGAGAGAAAAUCCCAUCUUCGUCCAUUUUGAGACAAAACAGAAAUGGGUAUAUCAUCAUUGAUCUUCUCUCUCCUCACACUUUUCUUACUCACUCACCCUCCACUUGUUUGUGGUAAUGCCGAGCUCAGAGCACUCAUUGACAUCAAGGCAAGUCUCGACCCAGAAAACACCUUCCUCUCUACAUGGACUGUUUCGGGCGACCCUUGUGACGGCUCAUUCGAGGGCGUGGCGUGUAACGAUAAGGGUCAAGUGGCCAACAUUUCGUUGCAGAGCAAAGGCCUUACCGGCAAGGUCUCGCCGGCGAUUUCUGGGCUCAAGCACUUGACGGGUCUGUACCUGCAUUACAACUCUUUGUAUGGUGAAAUACCCAGAGAGAUUUCGAAUUUGACUGAGCUGAGUGAUCUUUACCUCAAUGUCAACAAUCUAUCUGGGAACAUACCUCCUGAACUUGGAAACAUGGAUAGUUUACAAGUUUUGCAGCUUUGUUAUAACCAGCUCACUGGAAGCAUACCCACACAGCUGGGGUCUCUGAAGAAUCUUAGCGUCCUUGCUCUGCAAUAUAAUCAAUUGACUGGUGCAAUCCCGGCAAGAUUAGGGGAUUUGGGAAUGUUGAUGAGGCUAGACUUGAGUUUUAAUCGCCUCUUUGGUUCGAUUCCCACAAGACUAGCUGAUGCUCCUUUGCUUGAAGUUCUAGAUGUCCGAAACAAUACUCUUUCUGGAAAUGUACCUCCUGCUUUGAAGAGAUUAGUUGAAGGAUUUCAAUAUGAAAACAACACAAGAUUAUGUGGAGUUGGAUUUUCAGCCUUGAGAGCUUGCAGUGCUUUGGAUCAUUCAAAUCCAAAUAGGCCUGAACCUUACCAAAGUGGCACAACCAGUAUCUCAACGAGAGACAUCCCAGAUACAGCAAACUUGAAGUCGAAUUGCAGCAAAUCUAGAUGCUCAAACUCUUCUAAAACCCCACAAGCUUCUGUUAUUAUUGGAGUAAUUGUGGUUACUAUUGCAUUGUCUGCAAUAGGGGUUCUGACCUUCUCACAAUAUCGUCGCCGGAAACAGAAGCUCAGGAGUGCAUUUGAUAUAUCUGAUAACCAUGUAAGUACUGAUCAGGUUGUGGAGGUUUACAGGAAGAAUGGCUCUCCCCUUGUCAGCCUUGAGUACUCCAAAGGGUGGGACCCCUUUGCUGAUGGUCGCAAUUUCGGGGGUUUCUCCCAAGAGGCCUUGCAAAGCUAUAGGUUUAAUUUGGAAGAAGUUGAGUCAGCUACUCAGUACUUUGCUGGAAAAAAUUUGUUGGGUAGGAGCAACUUCUCAGCAAUCUAUAGAGGGAUUUUAAGAGAUGGGUCCUUUGUUGCUAUUAAGAGCAUCACUAAAACUAGCUGCAAGUCAGAGGAAGAUGAGUUCUUGAAGGGACUGAAUAUUCUGGCCACUUUGAGUCAUGAAAAUUUAGUUAGGUUGAGAGGGUUUUGCUGUUCGAAAGGCCGAGGUGAGUGUUUUCUCAUUUAUGAUUUUAUUCCCAAUGGAAAUUUGCUGUACUAUCUUGACCUGAAGGAGGGGGAUAAUCGGGUCCUUGAGUGGUCUACCAGAGUUUCUAUCAUCAAUGGCAUUGCCAAAGGUAUAGAGUAUUUACAUGGGUGCACUGUGAACAAACCUGCUCUAGUUCAUCAAAACAUAUCAGCAGGGAAGGUGCUCAUUGACCAGCGAUUCAAACCUUUGCUCUCUGAUUCUGGCCUGCACAAACUUCUGACCAAUGACAUCGUCUUCUCAGCACUCAAGGCCUGUGCUGCCAUGGGAUAUCUAGCUCCUGAAUACACCACUACAGGCCGGUUCACCGAGAAAAGUGACAUUUAUGCUUUUGGGGUGCUUGUCUUUCAGAUCUUGUCAGGAAAGAGGAAACUUACCAGCUCGAUACGAGUUGCUUCUGAGUCAUGUAGAUUCCCCGAUUUUAUUGAUAAAAACCUACAUGGAAGGUUCUCAGAAUAUGAAGCUGCAAAGCUCGCAAAGGUUGCUUUGACGUGCACGCAUGAAUCGCCUGAGAAGAGGCCAUCUAUGGAAGCAAUAAUUCAAGAACUCGGUAACUACACUAACUGUUCCCGAUUUCCAUGACUUGAUUCUUCAGAGAAUGCUUGAG